CCCCCCCUCUCUCUCUCCCUCUCUCUCACACACUCCCUCGCCAACACUCCCAACUUUCCCCUCUCUAUUAAGUUUCAAGCUUCUUUCCAUCUGAAGUGAACAACAUACCCCAAACAGGCUACCUGCUGUAUCUGGCUCCUGCUCUGGUGUAUAGGGCAGCAACAAAGGAUCUGUACUCCAGGCAGACUGGCAGUUUUAUCCACAGAGAGGGGGUGUUCCAGAACAAUUAGACGCCAUCCUUCCUCGUCACCCUGUCCUCUCCUCCUCCUUUCUCUCCAUCACUCCGUUCUCCCAUCUUUUCUACUAACAUACUGAACCGUCCAUCUCUCUCUCCCCUUUCCUCCUCCCAUUCUCUCCGUUCUCCAUUCUUCAUCCCCACAGCAACCUCUGAACUGCUGUUAUCUGUCUCUCUCUACCUUCCUCCUGUCUUCAACCUUCCUUUCUUAUUUUUUGGGUUUGAGUUCACCUCCCUUCAAUUAUUUCCCUGCUUAUCUCUCUUCACCCUCUUUCCCGUCCUCUUCCCUCUUUCCCUCCCUUCCUCUCGCCAUCCGGCCUCUCUCGGCCUCUGGUAGAGGUCACCAUGUGGUCCAACUACAUUGUCCAGCCGGAGGAGGAUGGCCGUAUGGGGGUGGUAGGAGCUGGGGCCCAUGGGGGCCUAGCAGGGGUGAAGGGAGGGGGGCGUGCUCCAAGGCGGAACCCUAGGAUGAGUGACAGCCAGGAGGGGAAGAUCAAGCUGGCGUUCUUCGUGGCCAUUGUGGGCGUGACCCUGACAGUGCUGGGGGUGGGGACAGAGUUCUGGGUGGAGCUGGCCACGCCCAAGACCUGGAGCAACAACCAGACAUGUCAGACGGCCCACUACGGCCUGUGGAAGGGGUGUACCCGCACCCUGUGGGUGGACGACAUCGACCCCGAGAGAGAGAGCUGCGGCCCCACCGACCUGCCCGGAGAAUCCAACUGCACUUACUUCAGAUUCUUCACCAAUGGCGACAACGCAGUCAUAUUUAAGAAGACGACCCACAAGAACCUGAACAUAGCGGCUGCUAUCCUAGCAAUGAUAGCGCUGUCUAUGAUGGUGAUGGGUGCUAUCUGUAUCACCAUGUCCCUCAGUAAAGGAGUGCCCUUCUUCCUAAAGCCCGCCUCCUUCUGCUUCAUCCUAUCAGGUCUACUGGUCCUGCUGUCUAUACUGGUGUUUCACCAGUCAGUGCUGGCCCUGUUGUCAUCUGACCACUCCAUACCGCUCCACCACGAGCUCUCCUGGUCUGUGGCCUGUGUGGGCUUCGCUGGGGCCAUCCUCAUCGUGGGGGGGAUCCUUUUCCUGAUCCUUUCCCUCCCAUACAGCCCCUGGGAGAAAUGUCUGCCUCAACGCAACAACAGCGCCACCUAGCACAUGGGAGGCCCAAAAGCGCAUUACUGGGAUUUAAAAAAAAGUUUUAUAUCAGGAUCGCAAUCAAACUCCAGUCCUCGAAGGAUGCACUGUCUGCUGGUUUUAAUUGUCAGGUAUAAAUCAGACACUGAUUAGAACAACUACAACCAGUAGACACUGAUGCCAUCUAGGAGUUGAGUUGUAGACCCCUUUUUAUUUUGCCAGUUGUUGAUGACAAACUAGAUGGACUGACUGACUGACAGACUGACAGACUGACUGAAAGACUGACUAACUUGUAGGUCUACACGGUGUUUACUUAAUGCAAUAACAAUUAUACUCACUAACUGUGCCCAUAACUCUACAAGCCUGCCUAAAAGCCUGCGACCUUACCAGAAAACACUACGUAGACCAGAACCUUCCCACUUUUUGGCAUCGUGACCAACCUAAAGCUUUUAGAAGUUUCUGGUGACCUACCAAAGAACAUGCAGUAUUAACCAAGCCCUUGUGAUCCUCUGUUUCUAAGCAGAACCCAGUCUUUACCAGGGGGGUAAUGCUGGGUUAAACAAAACCAAAGCAUGGAUUGCUGUCUUAACUUGUCCAUUGACUGCUAAGAGGGUAAGGAAACCAAUAUGUCAUUUUGUUACUGAACUAGCCCUUUAAACACAACCAUUGUCAACAACACUGUAGUUGUAGAUAAAGACCCAGCAGUGGGGUGCAGCAUCCUGUCUGUACUAUGUACUAUGUACUAACCAUUACUUAUUGAUGGUGUCACCUAGCCAAUUAAAUCACACCGGGAGUGUGGUGGCAUCUAUCUGGGGGGCUAUGGGUUGGGUAAAGUUCACAGGGCACCAUGGUACCAUGGUAACAUGUAGGUCACUACCGUUGCUAAGGGAGGAGCUACUUUAUUGUUUCCAGGAAGUGGCAUAGCCAUCCCUGCUACAUGAAACGCCUUGCAAGAUGUCAUUAUUAAUCUAUUAUGAAUUAUUAUGAGGCCUUACAUUUAAUACCUAGAAAUAAUAUAUUAUCUAAGCAAUUUACUAAAUAUUUAUUAUCUGCACAUUGUCCACAUGAAUGAAUGCUGUUUUUACGUAAGAAUGAUUGCAUAUGUGAAUGAAUUAAUGUAUGUACGGAAGAUACAGAUGUAUAUUUGACAGCGUAUUGUAUAGACUCACUUUACAAGCACAGCUCUGUAUAUAAAAUAUAUGUGUUUAUAUUUUAUUUAUACCUGCACACUGUAACCUUUUGUUCGAACUUAGGAGGUAUUUAGUUUUUAGCCUAUCCAAACCCUUUUUUCAUCAUGUGUUUUAUUUGUCAUAAUAAAGCCCACCUUGUCUUUCUCUACCUACAUGUUAGUUUAGGGAAAUGCACAUUGUGCCUUAAUGGUCAUAUAAUCAUAAAUAUGUCUCACUGGGUUUGCUUCUGAAAUAAAUAGAUUUGACAUAAGAAACACUCUC